AUGGCAGCAUUCAGCUCACAGAGACACUCUAUUGGCAACAGUCCACUGAGUAGUGACAGUGUCAUGACUUGGGACUGUGAUACAGUUGGCAAGUGGGUCAGCAAUCUUGGUUUGUCCAGCUAUGCUCAAUCAUUUAUUGACAACAAGAUCUCGGGUGAUGUGCUUAUAUAUCUGGAUCAUGAAGAUCUCAUUGACGUUGGUGUCAAGUCGGUAGGCCAUAGGCUGACUAUACUCAAAUCCAUAUACCAGCUUAUUGUUGACGGGAAUAUCGAGGUCGACCAUUCGCAUUACGUGCCUCCGACUGUAGUUGAACGCAACUCUUUGGGCCUGUCACUUAGCGACUCGGUUCUUCCUGGUUCUGGUGCUGCUACUGGUAGCAGUAAUGGAAUUGGCAGCAGUAACGGAGCUAGUAGUAGUACUAAUGGAGCUGGCAACACUGGCAGUCAUGGUCCUGUCGACAUGAGCUCCUCGACCAACUCAAUCUAUUCUAACAAUAGAGCCGGUGUUGGGUCGAUGAGUGACGUGUGGGCUGAGAAGAUAAUCACCAGUUUUGAAGUGCGGGACGAGCGAAUAUCAUAUGCCGAAGCAGAAAUCAAACGACUUAUGGACGGCUAUGUCAGACUUCGAGAAGAUCUACUACCAAUAUUUCGCAUUGUUAAAGAAAGCAAGCCUCUACCGACCCCAGAUGCCCCACUACCUUCACCAGGGAAUACAUUAACAGCAGGACCAUCUGCUUCUCAAUCACAAACCCCAUCUUCUCAUGGUAACACGCAUGCCCAACCAUCACCUACGAUCGUUCCUUAUGCCAACUCACCUACACCAACAUCACCUCCAGCAUUCAUGACAACAUUCCCUCCUGGUAGUUCUAACCCUGUCAAUAGCAUCAACAACAAUAUAAACACCAGCGAGCGCGGUCCACUAUCUGCAUCAUCCAUCUCGGGCCACCCAUCAUCUGCAUCUCUACAACUUCAAUCCAACAACAACUCAGCAAGCAGCAGUAAUCUCGGUGUAACGGCAUCCAACCAGAAGAAGACAGGCUCCUCGUCCAAAGGAAUGUCUCCAUCAAUGGCACCAGUCAACAUCAAAUCACCCACUGGCAACCUGUCUGAAUAUUACGACGAUGCGGCCACCAUACGACCGACUGCCCGAGUCACCAGAAAAGCAUCUCUCAACGGCAUAGCUCCAUCAUUCAACAACAGCUCUGCAUCUACACCCAUCUCCAGUGCCGGCGGCUCGUCGUCGUCACUAAACACCCCCAACUCAUCCUCUUCCACCGAACCGUUCAAAUCAUUCCGAGUAUCAAUGGACGACCCCUGCUACAAAGUGCUUCCAGCGGCUCUCCGAAAGUACAAAAUCAACGGCGACCCACGACAGUACGCGCUCCUGGUGUGCUACGGCGACCAAGAGCGACUGCUGGGUCUCGAAGAAAAGCCCCUCAUCAUCUUUAAAGAACUCCAGGACGCUGGCAAACGGCCCGUGUUCAUGCUCCGUCACAUCGAGGGCUCUCACAGCGGAGCCCAAGCAGGCGUCGUCGUCAGUGGCACCCCUGGCGGGGUCCUAUGA